AUGACUUCGUUUGUGGACAAAGGAAUAGAGUUCGCGAAUAAAGCGACUCAAACUGAUCGAGAGGCGCGGAGAACACGGGACCAUGAGACGUUUGAGGCGGCGUAUCACUACUAUCUUCGUGCUAUCGAGUACCUGAUGACCGCGAUUCGCUGGGAAAAGUCCGAGAGAACCCGGGUGCUCUUACAGACUCGUGUGCGUGAGUACAUAUCACGUGCUGAAUCUAUUAAGGAGCUGCUGAAGCGUGGCGCCUAUGAACAGGCCUCGGGGAGCGACGACGGUGCGGACGGGUUGCCCUUCGAGAGCGAGUCGUACACAAACGGAGGUGCGACGGCGGCGGCUACCCUGAGCCCGCACACCGGCUCGGGUGAGUCGAACGGGGCAGCAGCAGCAGCAGCAGCAGCAGCAGCUCGAGAGCGACGCCGCGGUAGAGGGCCUGCUGAUGGAAGCGGCGGUUCUGGCGCUGGUGCUGAGAAAGCGGGUACCGCCGCCUCGGCUCCAACCAAAGACGAGACCGAGCGCCUGCGCCAGCAACUGGCGUCCGUGAUCGUUCGCGAACGCCCCCAGGUUCGCUGGAAUGAUGUAGCUGGUCUAGACGGCGCGAAAGAGGCACUGAAGGAAGCGGUUGUGCUCCCGAUGCGCUUACCGUUGCUUUUUACCGGUAAGAGAGAACCGUGGCGUGGUAUUCUGCUGUACGGCCCACCGGGCACCGGUAAGUCGUACCUUGCAAAGGCUGUUGCCACAGAAAGUGCGGCAUCGUUUUUCAGCGUGUCGUCUGCAGAUCUGGUCAGCAAAUGGCAGGGUGAAUCAGAAAAGCUCAUUCGACAACUCUUUCGAAUGGCGCGCGAGUCUGCACCCUCUAUUAUCUUUAUUGAUGAAGUGGAUGCGCUCUGUUCGAGCAGAUCCGAAUCUGACUCUGAUUCAACUCGAAGAAUCAAAACAGAAUUCUUGGUGCAGAUGCAAGAAGGCCUUUCAACUGGUGAUGAGACUCGUAAGGAGGGAAAGCACGUCUUGGUACUGGGCGCCACCAAUUUGCCAUGGCAGCUGGAUCCGGCUAUUCGACGGCGGUUCGAGCGCCGGAUAUACAUUCCACUUCCAGAUGAACGCUCGCGUCGGAGAAUGUUCGAAAUUCACAUCGGAGAUACACCACAUAGUCUCAGCGCUUGCGAUUUCGAGCGCCUUGCCCAUGUAACUGAAGGCUACAGCGGUGCGGAUAUCGAAAUCGUUGUCCGUGAUGCAAUCAUGCAGCCGAUUCGGCGCCUGCAAAUGGCGACGCAUUUCCGACAAGUAUCGCCGCGUCCACACCAUCGAACCCUGCAGAGAGACGGCGGUGCCGAAGAUACAUCCUCGAACAACAAUGCGGCGCGCGGUGUUCGGUUCACGAACACUGCAUCUGCAGAGCUACUCUGGACGCCGUGCUCUCCGGCGGCACCAGGAGCAGUGGAAAUGAACCUGUACGACGUCCCAGCCGACAAGCUGCUCGUACCCGAUGUCCGUUACAGUGAUUUCGAAGAAGUACUGCUCCAUACCAAGCCGACUGUCAGCAAAGCAGAUUUAGGAGCAUACGAGCGCUUUACGCGUGAUUUCGGCCAAGAGUGCGUUUGA